AUGCGGCGCACGAAGCCUGACCAAAAUAUCAACCCUCCGUCAAGCAGCCGCGACUCAGCCAAGAGCUCAAGGAGUCUGUUCUCUCUGUCCAAAGCUCUUCCCACGUCGUCAACUACCCCGGCCGAUCGAGCGGAGGAUGCGAAGGGCCCUCUGGGACUGAACUUGCUACACUCACCGUCGAGUCCAGAGAUUGACUUUAUAUUUGUUCAUGGUUUAGGCGGAAGCUCUCGAAAAACAUGGAGCAAGUCAUCCUUGGAAACUCAUUUCUGGCCAAAGGAGUGGCUCCCCAACGAUCCGGCCUUCGAACGUGUCCGCAUCCAUAGCUAUGGAUAUGAUUCACAUUACUUGAAGGGGAAGGAAGAUUGCCUGAACGUCCAUCAUAUUGGCAAGUCCUUCCUGGGUGCCAUCAGCACUUCACCGUACAUCCUCAACUCAAAAACCUCUAUUGUUGUCAUCGGUCACAGUAUGGGUGGCUUAGUGAUGAAAAAGGCGUACAUUUUGGCCAAGCAAGAGGCAGUGCACAAGGACCUGGCUGAUCGCUUUCUUUCUUUCUUUUUUCUGGCGACGCCCCAUCGAGGCUCCAGGUCGGCCAAGAUGCUCAAAAGCCUCCUAAAGGUUGCUUACGACCGCGCUUAUGUGGGCAACCUGGAGCCAAAUUCUGAAGCUGUUCAAGUAAUCAAUGAUGAGUUUCGACAUGUCUCCGCUGGUCUUGAACUUUGGUCAUUUUACGAAACGCAGAACAUGAAACUAUUCAGCUCGCUCAUCGUCGAUCCCGAAUCUGCUGUCCUCGGGUACCGCGAAGAAAAGCAAAUACCAAUGACGGCCGACCACCGCUCGAUCUGCAAAUUCGAAACACCUGAAGAUCCCAACUACGCCAUUUUACGAAACGCACUCAUCUCGACAGUGGGAAAAAUCACCGCGGAUGUCCCUGAGGAGAAGCAGAAGCAGACUCGUGAGAGAAAGAGAGACUUGAAAAAAUUUCUGGGAGUUCCCGACAUCUUAGAUGAUGACCUUGCAAGCGUCUCCGAGGCCCGUAUGAAAGGGUCAUGCAAGUGGAUAUCGACCAAAGCCAGUUACAUCAAGUGGAGAGACGGGCAAUGCGGGGAUGACAGAACUCUGUGGAUCAAGGGCAAGCCGGCAACAGGAAAAUCCGUUCUUGCUGGCUAUGUGGUGGAUCAACUCAAAGAGUCAGGUCAUGCAUACAGCUACUUUUUCUUCAAACAUGGGGACAAAUCGAAGUCUAGCCUUGAUCGCUGUUUGCGAUCAUUGGCUUUCCAGAUGGCUAUUGCACAUCUUGAAGUUUGCGAUGCAUUUCUAGCGAUGCAAGCGGACGGUGUAUCUCUGGAUCGCGUUGAUGAACGUACACUUUGGAGGAUCCUUUUCAUUCAAGGAAUCUUUCAGACCACCAUGCCCCGGCACUUCUGGGUCUUCGAUGCCUUGGACGAAUGUUCUAACUACGUUGACAUUUUCCCUGUCAUGCUUCUCAGCAUGAGCGAAUCUAUACCUGUGAGAAUCCUCUUCACAAGCCGGGAUACUGUCCAUUUUGAUCAGGAUUUUCCUACUUCUUCAUCAUUUCCGAUUCAUUCGUUGAAUAUUUCAAUGGCAGAUACGGAGUCGGACCUCAGUCUUCUGGUUGCAAGAAAAACACAGAGCUUGGCGGUGGUUGGCCCGGAUGAUCGAGCUGCUUUAGCCGAAAAGAUUCUCGAAAAGUCAAGGGGGUCUUUCCUGUGGACAAUUUUGGUACUCAAGGAACUUCUCCGGUGCCAUAGCAAGAAAGCAAUUGAUCAAGUCCUGGAAGAUGUACCAAGAGGCAUGGAGCCCCUGUACAGCCGAAUUCUAGACUCCAUGUCACAGGCAACUAAUGGGAAGAGGUUGGCGAAGACGAUUCUCAUGUGGGUGGUAUGCGCAAUCCGGCCAAUGACAAUAAGCGAGCUGGAUGGUGCCUUGACUCUAGACAUCGACGAUUCGUUUCCAAGGUUGGAAGAAAGCGUCUCCGCUCUCUGUGGACAAUUGGUGGUCAUAGACAAAUAUGGGAAUGUGAAAAUGGUACACGAGACUGCUAGAGAGUUUCUCCUAGCUGGUGAAUCUGAAUCUGAGUUCUGUAUCAACUUAAUUGAGGCACACACUCGGAUGGCGCAGGUAUGCCUCAAUUAUCUUUGUGGGGACGAAAUGAGGCCUCCCAGGAACAAUCGACGCGGCUAUUCAGCAGCCCUACCGACAAAAAGGCAGGAUUUUGCUAUCUAUGCCUGCACAUCGUUUUCGUAUCAUCUUUCAAGGGCCGAUUCAUCCGCAGGAGACACGUUCCGACUCGUCAAGCAUUUCUUGAAGUCCAAUAUCCUCACUUGGAUUGAAAUAAUUGCAGAUUCUCAGGAUCUCAACCACCUCACCCGCGCUUCAAAGCGUCUCAAAACAUACGUCAAUGCCUGCGCUGCCGAGCGGUCACCCUUAGACCCCAGCAUACGAGCACUACGACAAUGGACUACGGAUCUUGCUAGGAUUCCCGCGAUGUUCGCCAAUGCCCUCAUGUUAUCUCCGUCGACGAUAUACUCCUGCAUACCUCCAUUCUGCCCCACGGAAUCUAUGAUACACAAAGCUGGGGCCUCAAGUCGAAGAAUAGGAGUAUAUGGUACGCUGAACAAGGACUGGGAUGACAGGCUGAUGUGCAUAGACUUCCGUCAGAGUCAGCCAAAGGCUUUGCGUUAUGGGGACGAUUUCCUGGCUGUUGGCCUUAGCUCAGGAAACGUCACAUUGUACCACGCCACAUCCUAUCAGGAGUACAAGGUCUUAAAUCACGGUGAAGCAGUACACUUCGUUGCUUUCAAACCAAAAACCGAUUUUGUAGCAACCUGUGGGAUGAAGGUGUUAAAGGUGUGGGAUGUUCAAAGUGGCCAAGUGGUACAUCAAUUCACGAGCCCUCCGCGCCCGCUGGGAAUGGAAUUUGACGGAGAUACCCUUUCGGUUGCGAGCCGCAACAACUACUUAAUGACCUGGAAUCUCGGAUCUCACAACAGCUUAGAGCCGAUGCAAAGGCCGUGGAGCGAUAGUGAUAUGCCAGAGGUAACAAAACCGUCCACAGGCGGAACUCCGUGUGCAUUAGCUCUCUCAUCAAGUCACAAAAUGCUUGCUGUUGCUUACAGUGGCAAAUCCAUCACCUUAUGGGAUAUGGAAGACGAUAUCUAUGUUGGUAGCUGCGGCAAGAAGCUUUCCAGCGGAGAGACUAGCACGCAUAUUGUGGUCUCGAUUGUUUUCAACCCCAAUCCUGACAUCAGGCUUUUGGCAGUCACAUACCUUGACGGAGACCUUGCUCUCCUCGACCCGUUUUUGGAUCAGCAGCUGGAAUGCUUCCGUGCCAAUAGCCAAGCCCUAGCCGCAAGUCCAAAUGGACGUUUCCUCGCAGCAGGUGGUGCGAAUGGAAUUGUCAACGUCUACGAAUUUGAUACCUUGAACCUCCUUUACCGUGUCAAGUCUUCAAACUCUUUCAUCAAACAGCUUGCCUUUUCCAAAGACAGCAUGCUUCUCGCUGAUAUACGAGGCUCUCAAUGCACAGUCUGGGAGCCCGAGGCCCUGCUACGAGAGUCUCUGGGAGAUGACAGCAGUGGAAACACCUUUACUUCAGUGGUCGAGACCGUUUCUGUGGAGGCCAAAGCAAGCAUCACUGCUAUCGUGGCUCACCACACGUCCGAAGUUAUCGUUUGCGGAAAGAGUGAUGGAUCUGUCGCACUGUACAAGCAAGAAACGGGGGCAAAUUUAGGGACUCUCUACAGACAUAAGUCACCGAUCCGUCUGUUAGCAUGGGUUCCAGACCGAGACGCCCUUCUGAGCGUCGAUGCUUCCAAUGGAAUCUCUCUGUACAGGGUUCAGAAGUCAACAGAAAAGGGUUGGCUCAGCGACUCGAUUCAAAUCUUCAAGUCACGCCUCGACUCCAAUGAGGCCAUCAUAGAUGUGUUAGUGGGUGAGAAAUCAGGCAGAUUUUUGGUAUCUACUCGUGAGUCCGAUCAUAUAUUCAGCUUGAACAGCGGUAAAUAUGAGAGAGAGCGGAAACACACUCAGACACCAGGGAUCCGCAAGUGGCUCCCUCAUCCGCGGUCACCCUUGCAACUGGUCUGUGUCGAUGGUAUCGAAGCUUGCACAUACUGCUGGGAUGACUUGUCUCGAGUCUCAUCUAUUUCAUUGCCGCUUGAAAACACGGUAGAGCUCAAAGACGCAGCCAUCUUCUCGAUUGGCAAGAAGCACAGGAUUGUGGUUGAAUUGAUGUGUCCGAAUAACUCUGUCAACACAAACAGGGUCUCAAUAAUCGACGCGAACUUUCUUGCACCUGAAAGCAAGGAGGUUCCUCCCUCGCAAGGAAGAAAUGAUUCUGUAAUGGCAUUAAAUCAAUCCUCCUCAGAUGGAAAUGAUAGUGACAGGGGCAUGGUGUCGAUUCCAGCAACUGCACUCCAUCCACAUACAAUUCCGUUGCAACUUCGUAUUGCCCAUGUCAUCGGAGUCCACGAAUCUGGGAGGCUUGUUUUUUUGAAUCGAUCCUUCUGGGUAUGCUCUAUUGACCUCAGCAAUAGUCCGUCAGAGGAUUCACAUCACGAAGGCUCCGCAGCUGUUGAGGUCACAGAGCAUUUUUUCGUUCCUUAUGACUGGUUUGCCGGAAAGAAAGACAUUGUCUGUGCUCUGGUAAAGAGAGAUAUCAUGUUAACUCGGGGUGGAGAUCUCGCUGUGAUCAGAGGCGGACUUGACUAUGCCGAGAGACUGCAUGUAGAAUAA